AUGUAAAUGUGCAAUUAUACACCCUUUACGUGAGUUCGAAUACCGAGAAAGUUCUUGUGUUCCAUAUACUAUACGCGUAUGUAACUAAUCCUCGAAAUGGCAUUAUACGCCAUGUGCAACAAACGGUACUUGCGUGUGUGGCCUCUUGCGGUGCUCCUGUUGCUGACCUUGGUGCUCGUCCUCCACAACCUGAAACAGGCGCUUCUUUUGAAUCAGAACACCUAUUGGAUGCAAGAAGCGGAGAUGGCCCCGCCGACAGUUUCUCCGCGCACAAUUCGCUUGUUCGAGUUCCUUAACUGUACGAAUCGUCCUCUGCGCCUCCAGCGCCUCCAGCAUGGAGACUACUGGCUGCUUCAGAACUUGGUGGUUGGCCAAAUAAGUCGCCACAUGGGCUGCGCCGAGUCCAUAACCCUCACAACCAAUGCAGAUUACACAUUUUUCGACAACUUGGAAAUGCUGGUACAGCGUUGGUUGGGACCCAUCAGUUUUGCUAUCUUUGCGCCCGGUCGUGAUGUCAACGACACUCUAGAUGCCAUUCAAUAUGUACGCAACUGUCUGCCCAGUAGCGACCUGAUCAGAGACUAUGUUACCUUCCACAUAUACUUUCCAAAUGGCCAUAUGCCCACCUACGUACCCUAUGAUGAAGCUGAAGCGCUGACUUGGCCCUACAAGUGUUUUUGGGCCAAUGGGAGUGUCGCAUCGCCGCCGUAUUUGAACCGGGAGGGCGGGGAGACGUACAGAGUGCAGAAGAAUCUCACAUAUCCCAUCAAUGUAGGGCGAAAUAUUGCUCGGAAGGCCGCCAAUACGCAUUUCAUAUUUGCCAACGAUAUUGAACUCAUUCCCAGCACGGGAAUCGUUGAUCAAUUCCUGGACAUGGUGGAUCGGAAUCAUAGCGUCUUAGCAUUGGACCCGAAACAACCCAGACGAGUAUUUCCAUUUCCAGUUUACGAGUUGCAACAAAAUGAAAGCGUUCCAGCUGAAAAGGCUGAGCUGUUAACGCUUCUUAAGCGCAAGGGGGCACAAAUAUUCCAUUCCUUAGUGUGUGCCCGUUGCCACAGAGUGCCAGGGCAACAAAAAUGGUUGCAGAACAAUCCAAACAUUACCAAUGAGUUACAGGUUAUAAGUGUGGGACUUCGCAUGGGUCCGUUUCGCACAUGGGAACCAUUUUAUGUGAGUGACAAUACAGAGCCGCUGUUCGACGAGCGUGUCACCUGGGAAGGACAAUCGAAUAAGCGUAUACAGGGCUAUGCUAUGUGUCUGCUGGGGUACGAAUAUCAUGUGCUGCAUCCCGCUUUUCUGGCCCACAGUCCGGGCAUUAAAAAACCUCCCACCAGCAAAUCUCCUCGACUCAAGUAUGCGCGAGAGAUGACACGAUUUAUAAAGUCGAAGAUCGAGCCCGAGUACAGAGUACUCUUUGGAAACAGGAAAAAUUGUACGACGUGACACUUCUUUAUGAUUUUAACUAGUAUUGUUAAUUUAGUUAUUGUUGUGCUCUUUAUUUAAGUCCAAUUUGAAUCUAAAGGUUUCCUUUUUAUGGACCUCACUAAUGGGUUCCUGAAAAUACUCGUCAUUCUCAGGGUUCACUCAAAACAGAGAUAUAUAUUUUAGUUAAAUAAAUAAAUAAAGUAUAUACAUAUUGUGCCCAA